AUGAACGCGAUCCAGCAAAAAUGUCGACCGAAGCACCAAGUGCUGGUCCUCAAGUGUUACCCAAGGACCAACAAGGGCGCUGUUGAUGUCAAGCCGAACUCUAGCGAACUGAGCUACCUGCUAUUUUAUGCUACCUCCCGCCGUUCCAAGAUUCAGAAGAUUGGCGCCUUCUUGGAGAAGAAGACGGCAAGCGAUGUCUGGCGGCAGCGCAUCGGAAAUGUGCAAGUCACCCUUCGAAUCCUCACGGCACUGAUCGAAAAGGCCCCCAAGGACCUGCCGCUCGUAGCUCCGAAUGUACUCAAAAUCCUCGACCUCAUCCUCGGAUCCAAGGACAUCACCAUGGUCGAAUCCUCCAUACCUACCUUUGAGGCGUUUUGCGAAAAUCACGAUGCCUCGUCCUCCUUUGCAGACCAAGCUUAUCUCGCCCAGUACGAAUCGAUCGUUCGCACCUACGCUUCGCUUGCCUCGACCCGCGAAAACCCUGGGAAAGGAGCUUCUAGCAAGCCUGUACUGAUGCGGUGGAGGAGCGCUGGCCUCGAAGCAAUCAGGAGCGUUUCCUCUUCGGAAGCUCUAUCGACUGUCACUGGUCGCCAGUUCGACGUUAUCGUUCCCGUUAUUUUGGACAACCUAUGGUGGGAUGACGACGAGCUGCUCGACACGCUGCUGUCGCGCAUACAGAUGGAAGAAAAAGUGCAGGCAGAGAAGCUUCGCCGUAGGACGAGCGUCGCGACUGUGGAAACCAACGAUACCGGCGACGCAAACCCCAUUGCUCUCACAGGCACUGCUCACGAUGUAGACAGGCUGGCGGAAGAGGACGUUGGUGUGCUCGCCAUGCAGUGCCUGAAGCAGAUAUUUGUGACGCCAAACCGACCACAGAUUCAUUCCGCGACUGGUGCUCUUAUUCAAUUCAUCGAGGAUCGCGUCGCAAAUGGAAACACAGUCGUCAAGCCGGACGAGAAGCUAGGCCAGGAUCACGGGUGGGCAAUAAGCAUGUACAGCGCAAUCGCGAGAUGGGCGCCUGUACAGGACCGCUAUGUCAUUCUGGUGACGGCCAUGGAUCAUCUGUCGAAAGCACCUGUCAAGGACGACAACCUCAAGCUCCAUCUAUCGUUGACGGCCAUGAUUGGGUCUCUGCUGCGUUCCGACGUCAACCUGAUUGGGCUGAGCGCCAUGGACGUCUUGCUCGGUCUCGUCCAGCACAUGAAGAAACUCAUUCAGCUGCCAGGAGGCUUUGGGAGAACUGAAGGAGAGCCCGAAGAAGUAGUCUCUACCCUUCAAGGAUCCGGCGACGUAUUCGCUCAGCGAAGAGAACUCCUCGAGCGAAUUCAACUUUGCAUUGGAGACUUGGCGACACAUGUCUACUACGCAGACCAGAUUUCGGACAUGAUUUCGACGAUCCUUCUCCGACUUAAGCCGUCCAAAUCCUCAAGUACCAGCUCGUCGCCCCAAGCCGAAGCCUCUGAGCAGCCCCCCUCCGAUGAGAUGACUGCCAGCCAACCUCAGCUGGAAACGUACCUUUCCCGUAACGUUGGCAAGACCGCUGCCUUGAAGGCCAUCAAGAACAUAUUCCUCAUUGCAAACCCACGUGCACAGAUGUCCGGCAACUUGAACUUGUCGAGAAACAAGGUUCCUCUUCAAGUUUGGGAGAACACGCACUGGCUUCUGCGGGAUCCAGAUGGCGAGGUCAGAAAAGCCUACGCCGAUGCGCUUCUGACCUGGCUAGACCGCGAGACGACAGCGGCGGAUUGGAAGGCGCGGGACGAAAGCUCUCAACACCACCGGUCUUCUCUGAAGAACAGUCGCGAGCUUCAACCCGCCAAUGUUGCUCAACGAGCCGCAUCCAACGCAUCCAACCGCGAGAAACCAUCGAGGCACCGCUCACACUUUCUCCAACUUCUCCAUAUUGCAAUCUACGACAACGCGUUGCAAUAUGUUGACUAUGACCCGGAUAUUGUUCUUCUUCACGUGCUGCUUACGAAGCUUGUGUCCCAGUUAGGUGUCAACGCAGUCCAGUACGGAUUGCCAAUGGUAUUCCGUCUCCAGGAGGACAUUCCAGACGCAGAGCUGCCAGUUCAAAAGGUUCGCCUGGGCAGUCUUUGCCACGGAUAUUUCUGGGCAGUGACCGAGAAGUUCGACAUUGAGAACUCUGCCGUGGGACGUGCCAUCACCAAUGAGGUCAUUCGAAGACGCAGCAAGCAUUUCUGGACUGAGGGUGUGGCUAUCCCUCCGCCAGCCCUGGAGCUCCUCGGAACGCCUGGAGUUCCCAAGUUGCAGACCAAGCUGCCUGCCACAGAAGUCGAGAGUGAAGCGUUGCUGCCAUUCGAUGACCGCGCAUCGUUUGUAGAGAGCAUCGCUGUGAGCUAUGCGGACACAAGCAUCUCACCGCCGAGUAGUCCUCCUCAAUCUCCUGGUCGGAACUUUUCGCAUCCCAUCCUUAGCACCUCGAUUUCAACAACGCCCGCGGCGCCCGGUUCGGAGCUGCCCACAGCUUUCCGCGAGCACAUGCUGACAGACUGGUCAAGAGAUGCGGCUAUGCUAGCCUUGCAGGCGGGAAGCAAGUCAGAGUCGCUAGCUGGUUCGAAAAGCGGCACUAUGGGAACCAACCGACACCACCUGACUGUUAAUGGCGCUAAUGGGCAUGGACAAACGGGAGAGUCUUCACCGCUUGGCAGCCAGCGAAACCUUCGUCCAAACUCAUCCCAGGUUGCCGGGGGCUUGUCUCCCAUGAGCAAGCUGCGAAAAUCCAGUGUCCGAAGUGGCGUUUCGCCCUCACCGUCGGAUUCGAGCCGAGGUGUAGUUACAUCCAUUGAUCAACUCAAGAUGGUCUUGACGGGCCAGGUGCCGGCGACACCCAUUGGCACGUCAGCAGGCGUGCGCCAUGACAGUGACAGCGACAGCAUGGUCAGCUACGACUUUACCCCGUCAGAGCUCAGCUUCAACCCGGCGACAUCUCAGCCAGAAAACGGCGAUGGAGCCUCUCUUGGACGGCAGAGGUCUUCAUCGGCAUCACGCAAGGGUGGGCCGCUCAACUCCAACCCUUUGUACGAGCAUAACGAAGACGAGGACGUUCCACCGGUGCCGCCAUUGCCCGGUCACAUUGGGCGUACCAUCACAAUGAAGCCGUCAACACGCAUCCCGCUGCGCCUUUUUACAGCGACGUCGUCGCCAUUGGCUUCGUCAGCCAGACGGUCGACCUGCGCCGCUGCUGCCUUCAAUGCGCGCGCCAUCUCGACGACGCCCCUCAAGCCCGCCGAGGUCGCGCCCGUGGUCGGCACGGGACCGCCGCCGGAACCGCCCAUUGCUGACAUCGCCGCCGAGGACCGGGCAGCGGCGGCGCGGAUCCGUGUCGAGAGGAGGAAGAAGCAGGCCGAGAUGCUCAAGCACGCCAAGCGGAUCCGGACGUCGGCCGAGGCCAAGUCGAGUGCGCCGGGGGCUUUGAAGAGGAGGUUUUGGAAUGAUGUCAGUGUGCAGGAGGUAGAUGGUGCCCUCCAAGUCCACCUCGACUCCCGUCCCCUCCGCCACCCCAACACCAAGGAAAUCAUCCGCCUCCCGCCCUCGAAGCAGCACCUCGCCUCGGCCCUCGCCAUCGAAUGGGACCUCAUCACCUCGGCCGAGCAGGCGACGAAGCAGCACCUGAUCCCCCUGACCUCGCUCAUCUGCCGCGCCAUCGACAUCGCCGCCGACGACGCCGCCAACGACGGCGCGAUCCGGGAGCACGUGGCCAACACGCUGAUGCGGUACCUCGACACGGACGCGAUGCUCUGCUGGGCGCCGCCCGCGGGCGCGACGGACACGCGCAACGACGCGGGAGAGUCGCUGCGCGACGUGCAGAAGAGGACGGCGGACGCCGUGGUCGGCGCCUUGACGGGGCGGGUGUGGCCCGGGAUUGAGAUCCAGCCGGUGCUGGACGGGCAUAGCAUCGUGCCGCAGAGGCAGGCGGAGGGGGUGAGGGAGGUUGUGCAGGGUUGGGUUAUGGGGCUUGACGCGUGGGAGCUGACGGGGUUGGAGAGGGCCGUGUUGGCGGGGAAGAGUCUUUUGGGGGCGGCGAGGUUGGUCGUGGAGUGGAGUGAGGGCCCUGUUGGGGAGUAUCGCGAUAAGAAUGGGAAGGGGGGCAAGUUCGGUGUCGAGGAGGCUGCUACGGCGUUGAGCUUGGAGGUUACGUGGCAGACUGGGGCGUGGGGCGAGGUGGAGGAUACGCAUGAUGUUGAGAAGGAGGAUUUGAGGAGGCAGUUGGGGAGUGUUGUGUUGCUUGUUUCUGGUACGAACCGGAAGUGA